GUGUACUUGCCGCGAAAAUCGUGUGCGGAAAAAGCAGACGAAAACAUGGCGUCCAAAGUCAAGAAGCGGGGCCCGAAUUUGCAGCAGAUUUCUGGACAAAAUGCUGAUCACCACAACAAUACAACAAUGGUGAACGGUAUCUCCAGUAAAACGUCGAAGUCACAGUCGUCAAUGAAGGGUUUCGUCGAGGGAGCUAUCGUGCGCAUUUUGAUGGAAAACUUUGUGACCUAUGACAAAUGCGAAGUCCGUCCGGGGCCUCAUCUCAAUGUCAUCAUGGGCCCCAAUGGUACGGGGAAAUCCACCAUCGUAUGUGCCAUGUGCUUGGGGCUGGCUGGAAGUACCAGUUUGCUUGGUCGAGCAAAAGAGGUUGGAGAGUUUGUCAAGCAUGGUAGCAACGAGGCAACGAUCGUGCUGGAGUUAUUCAAACAGCCAGACAACGUCGUCAUAAGACGAGUGAUCACCAAGCAAGGCAACAGAACAGCGUGGUACCUAAACGACAGUCGUUGUCACAAGAGCGACGUCAUAGACAAAGUCAAGAGUCUGAACAUUCAGAUUAAUAAUCUCUGCCAGUUUCUGCCGCAGGACAAAGUGGUGGAGUUUGCAAACAUGUCCAAUAUAGAACUGUUGGAGAACACUGAAAAAGCGGUUGGUUCUCCUGAGUUGUACGUCAAUCACUGCCGACUUAAAAACUUCCGUAGUGACCAGAAAGAAAUGCUCUUGAAACACAAGGAGACGUCAGAUCACUUGGAGAAGUUAACGGUCAAGAACAGUCGUCUGGAGGCCGACGUGAAGCGUUACCAAGAAAGGCAACAUCACUUAGAAGUCAUUGAGACGCUGGAAAAGAAAAAGGCUUGGGUGGAAUAUGAUAUCAAGCGUAAGCUGUACGUGGAGUUAAAGAAACGACAAGAUGCUUUAAAGAAAGAGCUACGAGAGGCCCACGCCAGCAACGCUCCAAUCCAACAAAAACUGGACACACUCACAGCAAGGUUAUCAGAGGUCGACUCAAUCAUCAAGGAAAAGACAAACGAGUCUCGGCAGUUCGCCAAUGCUGCCAACAAGAAACACGAGAAGAUUGACGAGUUCUCCAACGAGUUGACCGAGAUACAAGACGAGCUGAAAUCCAAGCAACAAGAAGAAGAGAAGAGAGAGGCAAAGAUACGAGCUCAUCAAACUUUGGUUGAAGGCUGGCAGAGAGAGCUGGAGCAAAUUCCUGCUGCCGAUGAAAUUAAGCCCCAGCUUGACCAGAAUGCUGCCGCACUACGAGCUGUGGUCCGGGAAGUCAGCGGUAUCGAUACGGAGUAUAAUGGCAUCAAGACGGAACGGGAAUCCUUCCAGCGAGAAAGGAGAGAUUUGGAGACACGUCUAAGACGUCUGAACGACCAAAAAGACAUGCGCUUGCGAGAACUGCAGAAAUAUUACCGCGAUACCUACAACGCUGUCGAGUGGCUACGUUCAAACCAAGAUAUGUUCAAACACAAAAUACAUGAACCAGUAGCAUUAGUGAUCAACGUUCGGAACAAGGAGCACGCCAAGUACAUCGAGCAAGCCAUUCCCACCAAUGACAUGCUGGCGUUUGUCUGUGAGGACGCUGAGGAUAUGGAACUGUUCGUCAGCUUGGUGCGAGAGAAGCAGAAUUUAAGAAUCAAUGCAGUCAAGAGCCCCAACGUGCCACUAGCCAGCUUCCAACCUAAUCGACCCAUCGCAGAUAUCAAACGUUGGGGAUUCAACCAUUACUUGAAAGACUUGAUCGACGCUCCCGAAGCAGUCAUGGUGUACCUGUGUAAGAUGCACAGACUGUACAACGUCCCCCUAGGUAGCAGAGUGACUCAAGAUAGCAUCGAUAAAGUUGUGAAGGAAUCCGGUGUGACGAGGUUUUACACCCCCGACUAUCAAUACAGCGUCAAGCGAUCACGCUACGGUAAUCAUAAACAGUCCACAGAUAGCAGCUUUGUUCCCGACGCAAGAUUGCUCAACAUUUCCGUCGACAUGAGUGCCAAGCGAGAGUUUGAACAGAACAUACAGGAAAUCGAGCACCAGCUUGGAAUAGGACAGCAGAGAUACAAGGAGCUACAGCAACGCAGACAGGUCUUGAUGACACAAGACAAUGAACUCAAGGAGCAAAAGAAGGAGUUGAUACGCAAACGAGAUCGACAUAAGACCAUCAUGCAGAACAUCGCUGCUAAGAAAGAGGCGAUUCGCAAGUGUGAGGCGUCGGCCAUAGAUCUGGAGGCAGAAACGGCCAAGACGCAGAAGAAGAUCAAAACGAUCAACGAGAAGAAGAUCAAACUCGUCAAGGAAUUCAGUCAGCUCAUCAAGGACUGUAUUGCGAGGACUAAAGAGAAAGUUGAGCUGGGCAUGGGAUACGCCAUCGUCUUCAGUCAGAAGAACUACAUUGAGGCAACACAGAGAGAAGCUAACGCCAAUCUAAUACGCUUAGAGAAUGAGAAGGUUGAACUGCUGAAUCGAGUGAGAAACACGAAGGAUAUCGCCAGGCAGCUGAUCAAACGAGCCCAGGACUUGACUGGAUCAGAGGAGCCGUCUAAAGAACUCAGAGAGGCAUUCAGCACUUGUCCAGACGAUCUAGAUGAGAUUGAUCAGAAAAUUCACUAUGUCCGAGCCCAAGCCGACUGUCUGUUUGAAACUGACCAGAGAGUGGUGCAGGAGUUUGAACAGCGUAAAGUGGAGAUACAACGUCUAACUGAAGGGGUUGAACGUAGCCAAGAACGGAUUGACAGAAAGUUAGCCGAAAUCAAUGACAUCAAGCAAUCCUGGAGAGAUGAACUCAACGGUUUGAUUACCGACGUCAACCAACAAUUCUCCAACUUCUUCGAGGCCAUGGGUUGUGCAGGAGAGGUCAAACUACAGUUUGAAAAUGAAGAUGAUUACGACAAGUACGGAAUAUGCAUCCAGGUCAAGUUCCGUAAAGCGGAGCAGAUGAGAGAGCUCACCUCUCACUACCAGAGCGGUGGGGAGCGCAGUGUCUCGACAAUCCUAUAUCUGAUGGCUCUACAAGAACUCAACAAGUGCCCGUUCAGAGUCGUAGAUGAGAUAAAUCAGGGAAUGGAUCCCAACAACGAGCGUCGAGUCUUUGAGCUUGUCGUCCAGACAGCUUGCCGAGAAAACACAUCUCAGUAUUUCCUGAUCACGCCAAAGUUACUUCUGAAUCUGACUUACGGCCCCAAGAUGACGAUCAUCUGUGUGUACAACGGUCAUUGGAUGAUGCCCUACAACCAGUGGAACCUAGAUGCGUACUGUAGAAGACGUCGACGAUUACUCGUCCAGUGAAGAAUGCCGACACCGUCAUUCGUAGGUUAUUAACACCACCAGAAAUGGACUGUCGUCUGUUAAUUUCGUUAUUACGUGCUACAGUGUUCCCAUCUCGAAAGAUUUUUUUUACACGCAUGCUUACCAGAUAUUGACAAAUCUUUGCCAAGUUAAUGGUUAAAACACAUUCCAAUAUCCCAAGAGAGGCAUUCUAAAUGAAGAAAAUAUUAGUUUUAAGACCUCUGUAACCAAAGCAGAAUAGAACCUUCAUCCACCCUCCCCCCAAAAAGAAAAUUUCAAUAAACCUAGGCAAGUCAUGAGCUUUUUGGUUCAAAGAAUCGUUGUACCUUAACCACUUUGCACCGGGAUUAUUUUGACAUUGAGCGGACCCAGGCGUGGGAUUGUUUUUCAUGAACCUCGAUGCCAGACGGGUUCAGGCCGUCAUCUGCGGGUAGCACACCCUGAUAUUUCCGGCCUUGCUCGCUGCAAGUGGGUCACAGACAGAUAUAACCGGCCUUGCUCGUUGCGUGUUUAUUCGUCAUCUGUUCCAAAUACAGCAAAAACUUUGCGCGUAUAUACGUCAUCCGAUGUGAACUGAUAAGCUACUUUAAGUUUGUUUGUACAUCCCAAAAGUUCACAAUUCUUCUGUCAACAAUCGAGUACUUUUCAAUUAAGUGGUGAUUUUUUUUUACACGCAUGUUAUUUGUAAGUAAACAUUCAUGUUCUUUAUUAUAUCAUUUAUAUCUAUACUUUUAAUAUGUUUACAAAAUAUUAAAAAUAUUAACUGCAUGGGCGUAAGAGUUACUUGAGCUUGUUCGUAUCGUUGGGCAAACAAGUCAACUUUUUUUUCAUUACUUUUUUUUGUUUCCUAACAUUUGCAUGUUCUUGGAUGAUUUGCCAAAACCAUUGUGCAGAAAGUUAUAAUUUUUCAGUUUGUUAUUUUGCUGCACGAGAGUUCAUAAUUUGGUCAUUGUUCAGUAUAGGGUAGGCCAAUGUUUUUUCGUUUCAGAAGUGCAAAUUCCGUUUCAAAAAUCCUAAAUUCCGUUUUAGGCUGAAAAAUUCCGUUUUCACAUUUAUUCAAAAAUCGUGACAUUAACACUGCUCAUUUGUUACAUGGCUCGUCUGUUCAAUCAAUCAUCAACAGUUCAUUUUGGACUCAAUAAAUUUAACGAAAAUACGUUUUUUUAUCAAUAAAACUGCAGAGGUUAUUUUCUUCAGAUUCAAAUUCCGUUUUCUGUUUCGAGGAGCAGAUUCCGCGAAUUCUGUCCAUUUUCUGCGAUAGCGGAAAACCAUUGCCCGGUGGGUUGUACAACACACGCAUGAAGAUAGACACAUUUAUUGUAUGUUUCCUUGAAUCAUAAUGUCAACUUUUUAAUGUAAUCAUUUUGAGUACAAAUCAUUAUUACAGCACAGACAUAUCAAGCACACUCGUAUUGUCUUUGUACAUUGUGAUAAAACAAGGAUUCUCACCAUUUAACCAAGAAUUAUAUGGGAGAGGCAUUGAAUAAUUGUCGAUUUACGGUGCGAAAUGAAAAUCCUAUAGAGUCGUUUUUAGAGGAAAACCCACCAGUAAUCAGGAAUGUACUGAUAAGACUAAUCCAUAUGGUGUACUAGGUUGGAUGCGAACUUGGGUCAACCGAAACGGAAGACAUGAAAUUUAGAACUGUAUUUCAUGACCUUUUCUUAAAAGUGCUAAAUUUGGAAUAAAACUUCUCAACUUGUAUCUUAAUUGCAACUAGGUGUUGUGGUAAAGUACUGUCAAAAUCAAUUUUUACCAAUUUUUUUUUUUUUAUCGAAUCUGAAAAUUCUGAUUAAUAUGAGGAAUCUAGAUUAACAAAUAGCAUAAAUCUUUCUCAAAACAUUUUCUCAAACAGUCAGAACAAGCAUAGUUUCUUCAGUUGUGUGAUUUAUCAAAUUCCUGUUUUACAAUCCACACUGAUUAUUGCAUUUUACUGGUGCAUGAACAUUCUUUGUUGCCUUACAAUUGAAUCAAUAAAAAAGUUAUAUUUUGUUACCUAUUCUAA